CAAAUAGAACAGCACGUGGACAACGAAAAGCUUUUGCCUCGUCACUAUUCGUUCCUUGGAAAAACUUGAGCAUCUGUUUGAAAUGGGAAAAGGGAGAAAGAAGGCGCAGACGUCUACAGACCAAGGUCAAGUCACGCUUCAACCAAAAGUCGGUAAAGGGACGAAAGAAAACACGCCGGAAAUGAACAAGCAGGAAACUGCAGGCAAAACCCAGUCUACCUUGACUACUCUGUGGAGCCCAAGCAAACCUCGAUCCCCCCUCGGUGACAACUCAAGCGCGCUUGUCCAGGAAAAUAACGUGUCGGAUGCACAGCCUCCUGAUGUGGCUCCUGCAAAAAUUGAUAAAGCGUCCAGACUAAAGGGGAAGGCAGAGAAACCCAACCCAGUGACGGGACUAAGGGAGACAAUCCUCGGGCAGGGUCAGGAAAAGUCACGCAAGGAACCGCAAUCACUCAAUCACGUGUCCCAGUCCAAAACCGGGAAGGGAACUAGUCAGAAAGUCAAAGCGAAAAAAGCUGAAAGCAUAGCUUCCGUUAACAAAAAGGUCACUGAUUAUUAUCCAGUCAGAAGAAGUGCCAGGAAAAGUAAAACUGAAUUGAAGAAUGAUGAACGUAAACACAUUGACGACCUGAUAAGGAAUGGAGUUGAGGAAGGACUGCUGGUUAAAGACAUUGAGGGGAAAGGGAGAGGCAUCUUUGCGGUCAGAGACUUCAAGAAGGGCGAGUAUGUGGUGGAGUAUCACGGUGACCUGGUGCUGCUGGCCGAUGCCAAAAAGAGAGAGGACCGCUACGCUCAGGACCCAGAAACGGGCUGCUACAUGUACUACUUCCAGUAUCACGGCAAAAACUACUGCGUGGAUGCAACCAAGGAAAGCGGUCGAAUGGGAAGGCUGAUCAACCACAGUAAGAUGGGAAACUGUCAGACAAAGUUACAUGGCAUCAACGGUGCGCCUCAUCUGAUUCUGGUGGCCUCCAGGGACGUCCAGGCCGACGAGGAGCUGCUCUACGACUACGGAGAUCGCAGCAAAGCCUCCAUCUCUGCCCACCCUUGGCUCAAACACUGAUGU